AUGGGUUCCGACGGACAUCUCCACCAUAGUCGUCAUGCUGUCACGGGUAAAACUGUGUACACCGGAGCGUCAGAGGUGAUUGCAAGCGAAGUGAGUGACGUUGGAGCUGGCGGACAGAUCCUCAUCACGCGGCGGAUUGCCGACUGGUUGAUGACCAACAAAGACGUCUUGCCAAUAGAUUACUCUGUCGAUUACCUUUGUGACUACAUGGUCCCACAGGUUAACAUGCACGUGGCAGUGUACGAAGUGUUGCCUGAAGGACUCGCUCGACGCAAGAAGAUAUUCGCACAAGACCAAAACAGCCGCAUCCCGCACAGCGCUCUAACCGAUCCGCCCUCGGCUCCACCAUACUGGAGAGCGGUCUGGAGACGCCCAUGGGCUCACCUACUUUCGUGGUUCCAGACACCUCGGACUCCUUCCUCAAUGCCUUAG